AUGAGCGCGAGCAAAUGGCUCAACGUCUCUUUAAAGACAACCAAAUGCCUCGCGCUUCUGUUGCCGCCGAGACCGCUGAACGCGCUACCGCAGUGCAACGCCAACGCGUGCAAAGCGUGCUCGAGCUUGACGCGCACGUCCAGCGCCAAGUGGCACAGCUCCCGCGGCACGACCUCGCCCAGGUGGCUCGCGUGGUACAAGCCCACGUGCCAGGGCACCUUGUACAAGGCCAGCCCUUGCCCCGUGUGGCCCUGCAACCAGAGCGAAGCGUUAACCUCGAGUGUGCCCGUGUUGCAGCUGUUUGCGUCGUCGAUCUUGGAUGAGAUUGUUGUGGACGGGGACCUCGACGCGGCGACGCGGUCGUUCAUCGCGGCGGUCGCCGCCAAGCUGCUGCCGCUUCUGCAAAGCAACAGUCUCUACAGCUUCCUCUGCGCCGUGCUGCGUCACGCCAAUGAUGCGCAUGACGCUGAAGACAAUGCCAAGCGUCUGUACCUUCUCGGCGAAUUCUUGCUGCUCGAACUGACCAAGACAGAGACGGUCUUGGACCGCACGGUCCGAUCGCUCAUCCGUGUCGUGCAUCUUGAAGGCGCGGCGGUCGUCGUCGAGCUCGCGACGUUGCUCAAGGUGCACGUGUCCAAAGGUCUGAGCAGUCAUGUGGUGUCGUUCCUGCAAGCGAUUCUUGUCGACGUCGCUGACGACGACAUGGCGCUCGAGUGUGUCUGGUACAACCUCUUCAAGCUCUACGUGGCCGACGGUGUCUACGAGAUGCGCCGGUACUUUGUCUUGCAGCUAUGUGACGCUGGCCGGGUCGACAUCGUCUGCGACAUGAGCUGGGGUGCGUUCGAAGCGCAAGUCGAAGAGCUGCUUCUGUGGCAAGCCGCCAACACCCACGCGCACUUGUCGCGGGUGAAGUCGUCGCAGAGCGCGUCGGCCUUGUACCGUCUCCUCUACACCGACAGCUUGCAGUCGCUCGAGCCGUUUGCGCCGUCGAUCAUCCAGGUCCAGCGCGACGCACUCCUUGCGGCCUCCAACGCCGGUCUCGCCUCGGACGCUGGCGACUGCGCGCUCACCGUUUUCUUGGCCUCGGAUGUCCACAAGCAACUGCUCUUGGUCCGCGGCAAGCUCGCGUCGCCCGAGCACAGGCUGGCACUAGGGUCGCCCGCGGUGGUCUCGCUGCUGCCGACACACCUCGCCCCAGGCGUCAACGUCAACUGCAUGCACCAUGGGUCGACACCACUGCACAAAGCUGCUUCUGAAGGUCGAGUGGACGUUGUCUGCCUCUUGCUGGAAAAAGGCGCCGAUGUGAACGCGUCCAAAGCGGAUGGUCAAAGGCCAUUGCACCAAGCUGCUUUCUAUGGUCAAGUGAACGUCGCCCGCCUCUUGUAUGAAAAAGGCGCCAAUGUAAACGCGUCCAAUGCGACGGGUUAUACACCACUGCACUAUGCCGCUGAAAGAAACAAGUCAGAAAUGGUCCAACUGCUCUUGGAUAGAGGCGCCAAAAUCGACGCCAAAAACAAGCUCUUUGUCGCACUGCGCGAGAAGCGCAUUCCUGACGCCGUGCGCAUCCUCCUCAACAACUUUCUCCACGUCAACCUCCGCGACAGCUCUGAGACGCCGCUGCUGCACUUGGUCGUGGCAACGCAAGAUCUGUCACUGCUUCGAUUUUUGCUUCUCAAACCUGACCUCCAAAUCGAUGCCAAAGACUCGACGGGUCGCACGGCUCUCACAGUCGCCAUUACCGCCGACAACGCCGAGUUGGUUCGGGCGCUGUACCUAGCAGGCGCAGUCGUUGAUCUCGUCGACAAGAGUCUAUGUGCUUCAACGCCGACCUUGGUCGCCGCUUUGCGCCAAGCAGCCUCCAUCAAUGACGACAGCACGGUGGAUGAACUACUGCGUCUGGGCGUCAGCUGCUCGUUGGCCAACGAGAAAGGCGAGACAGCGUGGCAUAUGGCGGCUGCAAAGGGGCAUAUGUCCAUCAUCACGAUGCUGCUCCAACAAGAGACCAAGGACGAGAACGGCAUUGACGUGACCAACCAUGCGGGAGAGUCACCCCUUUUUGUCGCUGCUGCUGCCGGCCACGCCGACGUUGUCGAGGCCCUUGUCCUUGGCAACGCAAGCAUGCAUUGCGUCUCUAAUACUGACUCGACGCUGCUGCACGCGGCCAUCCUUGGCGGCAAAACGAGCAUCCUGGACCAACUCUUCUUGUUUUGCGGCGAUGCCAAAGAUGCUUGUGACGAGAUGGGACAGACACCGCUGCACAUCGCGGCUGCCAAGAAUCUCGUUAUCGCCGUAAAGUACCUCGUAAAGGCCAAGGCUAACGUCUUUGCAACGACAAUAACGGGCAAAACGCCAUUGAUGUUAGCGACCGACCGCCGCGUCAUCGCAAUAUUGCAACAGGCUGAAAACAAGGGCAAACUGAAGAAACCUCGGCUCUCGGACGCUGAGCUCGACCAGCUCGUCGACCGCAUCUGCGACUCGGAGGCGAUGCUAAGCAAACUCAUCCAGCGGGUUUGCAACCGCCUCGACAUCGGUCACGAAGCUUUGGAGGUCUCGGUGGAUCGACCCGAGGGCACACGAGGCGCCAACGGGCAUGUACAAGCUGUCUUCGUCAACGACGCCAGCCAAGUGCUGCUGGCUGACGAUAGCCAUUCCAAUGCCGCGAACGAGGCGGCCGACUCUUCUCUGCACCUCGCUGUACAAACCAACGACCACAAGACGUUGAUGUCGCUUUUGCGAUCGCCCGGCAUCAAGGUCGACGUCCGCAAUGCGGCAGGCGUGACGCCGGUGAUUCUGGCCAUCCAGAUGGGCCACCGACGCCUUGCGACGAUGCUCCAGAAUGCCGCACACCGUGCCAUCCCUAGCGUGCCGGCCUCGGACAUUGAGCUGGAUCAAUCUAGUCCACUCUAUGGCACCGUGUACCCGGGCACAUUGAACGGUCGUGUCGUCGCCAUCAAAACGUGCAACUCGCCGUACGUACAGCUGCUCCUCGCCGUCUCGGAUAUCACGACAUCGAGUCCCAAGCUUAUUCUCGAGUACAUGGACGCGGGGGAUUUGCGCAGCUACCUCGACGCCAAGCGACUCGGUGAGCCCACCAAGGUCAACGUCUCACCACUGCAAGUCGCGUGGGUGAUUGCAAAUGCGCUCGCCGAUUUACAUCACAACGGCGUCUUCCACCACGACCUCGAGAGCUACAAUGUCCUUCUCUCCUCGACCAACUACAUUAAAGUCGCGAAUCUCGGUUGCGGCCUCGAGUCGGACACAACGACGGGCAAGAGCACACCGUACUGGAUAGCGCCCGAGGUACUUGCGUCGACGAGCAACUACAGCUGUGCCGCCGACAUUUACUCGUUCGGUGUCAUCUUGACUGAGCUGGAUACGCUUCAAGUGCCGUUUCACGAUGUCAAGGGCCUCGGGUACUGGGGUAUCAUCGACGGAGUCCGUCUCGGCAACCUCCGUCCGACGGUGAGCGCCAACUGUCCGCAGUGGCUGCGAGAUCUCGCCAACGCCUGUCUGUCGUUCGACCCGACGCAGCGUCCGUCAGCACUCAUUAUUGUCCAGGCCCUCCAAGAGCUGCUCUGGCACAUCGAGGAAGCGUUGGUGACGCCUAUCAAGCGUGAGCAAACGGGCAAGCUGGCAGAGUUGAGUACGGGUAGUCCUACGACAUUCAAAUCCGACGAUGGCCCAGAAACUUUGAUCAAGCCAGCGACGAGCGAUGUGGCCAGCGACGCCAAUACAGCAUCGGCUGCCGUCACGCCCACAACGUUCAUGACACCGGCAAAGUCAGCGACGACCUCGAGCGCGAAGUCUAUAAGCACGCAAAUCGUAUGCCGGCUCUGCCAUGCCUCCAACUGGCUCCUGCAGACGCAUUGCCAAGGCUGCGCGGAAGAGCUCGCCCCCGUUGCGUUCAAGCUCAAGAUGCUUCUCAAGCGUCUUAUCGUCGCCAAGAAGAACGGAUUUGAGAUCGACGACGAUCUUUUCUGUGACUACUGCAACACACACCAACCGAUUAAGGCGACCACUUGUGACAACUGCGACGAUGCGCUUCCGGACGACCACGAGAAGCUGCGCAUCCUUAUGCUACGCAUCGAGAAAGUGACAAAGUCCAAGGCCUGA